AUGGUUGAUCACAUAUUGAAACAAUAUAAAACAAUUACUAUAUGUCAUCCCAAUUAUUCACCAUUUUAGAUAAUGAUAAAUGAAUACUCAACAAUAAAAGAGAUAUGCAGAUAGAUUCGUUUGGCUUGGAGAAUAAGUCCAAAAGAGUUGCGACUAUUUAAUUCAAGUGGGAUAGAAAUAUUUUAAGAAGAUUUAAGAUUUUAGCCAAAGCAAUGUAAAUUAUGGGCAACAUUGAAUGGGUAGGAGCUUGAUUAAAAUAUAAUAUUUUAAGAAUAUACAAUUUUGGAUUAAAUAGGAUAAGGUGGAUAGGGUGUAGUAAUGUUAGGAUAACAUAAGGAGACAAAAGUAUAUGUGGCAAUAAAGAUAAUAAAAGGAGAUGGAUUUAAUGCAGAUGAGAUAGAUUUAUUAUUUAGAGAAUCUUAGAUAUUGAAAUAAUUGAGUCACAGGAAUAUAGUUCAUUUGAUUCAAAAUAUAAUAUUGAAUCAUGAGUGUAUUUUAGUUAUGGAACAUUUACAGGGUGGAUCUCUAUUAGAUUUGGUUAGAAGGAAAGGAAGAUUAGAUGAAAUAGAGGCUAGAAUUUAUAUAAGAUAGAUAUUAGAGGGAAUCGAUUAUUGUCACAAAAAGAAUUUGAUCCAUCGUGAUUUAAAAUUAGAGAAUAUCUUACUUGUUUCUUCAAAUAGUAAUUAAGUAAUAACACUAUGCAUAGAUAGAUAAAAAUUGUAGAUUUUGGAAUAGCAUGUAAUGGUAAGGAUCGAAUUCGUAUGGGUACAUUACCAUACAUGUCUCCUGAAUUGAUAUCUGGAUAAUCAGCAUCUCAAUUUUCUGAUGUCUGGGCAAUUGGUGUAAUUUUAUAUGCAAUGUUAUUUGGAAAGUUACCAUUUAGAGGUUCAACAAGAGAAGAACUUAUUUAAUCUAUUAAUGUAUUCAAAUAUACCAUUCCAUAAAAAGUAAGUAAUGAUUUAUUAGAUCUCUUUAAAUAAAUAUUUCAGUAUCGUAAUAGGAUAACUGUUUAAGGUAUCUUAAAUCAUAGAUGGUUGAGUGAGAGUAAUCCAAUACCAACCUUAAGUUUGUUAAAGAUGUUAUAAGUUACCACUGCUCCUCCACUUAAGUUUACUGCCAAAAAAUCAUUGUCAAAUUUAUAAUAAAGUUAUAGAAAGAUUUCUUUGCAUAAAGAUGAAUCAAAAACUAAUAUUGGCAAUGUAACUGCAAAACCAAUCAAAAUAAUCUUAAAGUUAAGAUCUGAAAGAGCAAAAAGCUAAUUAUUAUUGAGUAAUUGA